CUUUGACAGUGUCCUGUUCUUUUUGACACUUCAACCAUCUCCUCUCUUUCUUUUCUCAAGAGGUAUCACUCUUAGAAACAGUCACAAUGGCCAGCCAAAGUGAUAAGUCCGUUCUCGGCAUGCCCGGGUUCGUUGUCGACUUCCUGAUGGGUGGUGUUUCCGCUGCCGUCUCCAAGACUGCUGCUGCCCCCAUCGAGCGUGUUAAGCUCCUCAUCCAGACCCAGGAUGAGAUGCUCCGCUCCGGUCGUCUCGACCGCAAGUACAACGGUCUGAUGGACUGCUUCCGCCGCACCACUCAGGCCGAGGGUGUUGUCUCUCUCUGGAGAGGUAACACUGCCAACGUCAUCCGUUACUUCCCUACUCAGGCCCUGAACUUCGCCUUCCGUGACACCUACAAGUCCAUGUUCGCCUACAAGAAGGACCGUGAUGGAUACGCCAAGUGGAUGGCUGGUAACCUUGCCUCCGGUGGUAUGGCUGGUGCCACUUCCCUUCUCUUCGUCUACUCUCUCGACUACGCCCGUACCCGUCUUGCCAACGACGCCAAGUCCACCAAGGGCGGUGGUGAGCGCCAGUUCAACGGUCUCAUUGAUGUCUACAAGAAGACCCUCGCCUCCGAUGGUAUCGUCGGUCUCUACCGUGGUUUCGGUCCCUCCGUUCUUGGUAUCGUUGUCUACCGUGGUCUGUACUUCGGAAUGUACGACUCUCUCAAGCCUGUUGUCCUUACUGGUGCUCUUGAGGGCUCUUUCCUCGUCUCUUUCUUGCUCGGCUGGGGUGUUACCACUGGUGCUGGUAUUGCUUCUUACCCUCUCGACACCGUCCGUCGUCGUAUGAUGAUGACCUCCGGUGAGGCCGUCAAGUACAGCUCUUCCUUCGAUGCUUUCCGCCAGAUCAUCGCCCGUGAGGGUGUCAAGUCCCUCUUCAAGGGUGCUGGUGCUAACAUCCUCCGUGGUGUCGCUGGUGCUGGUGUCCUGUCCAUCUACGACCAGGUCCAGCUCAUCCUCUUCGGCAAGAAGUUCAAAUAAGCGUCUCGCCCAAAAUGACUGUUUUGUUGGUGUAAACCUUUUGGGGAAGGGGUCGGUCACUUUCUGGGAUAAAACUCAAGAGGUGAAUGAUGAAGGGGAUCUUUUAGAGGUAUGCGUAAAGCAUACAAAGUGUGACAUUUUCUCUUGUACCAGUUGUACUUUACUGCCUGCAAGCUUUUUCCUUUUUGCCAACUGUAUUUUUUUUUUGUU